AUGGAGGAGGCGGCACCGCAGAGCUACUCGAGUAGUGAAUCUCGCAAGGUUAUGCAGUUCUAUGGAGCGUUUGCAGCAGAGAAAGAUGGUCCUGUCUCUAUUCCCAUUAAAGAGUUGCUAAAAAUAUUCGAACAGAUGGAGCGUAUGCGGUUGUCUUGGAAAGCUGCCGAGGAAAAAUCAGCAUAUUUUGAAGAACAGUACACAAAAUCAUCAACUGAGCUUGAUACUACUAUAACAGAGCUACGGCGGUGUAAAGCCGAAUUGAAGGAUGCACGUGCACAAAUAAGGGCUCAGAUAGCUGAAAUUAACGCUCAACGAGCAGAUGCUGAAGAAAUGAGUCAGCGUUUGAAGCUUGUCAGCGAGUAUCUUAAAUCAGAUCUUGAACGCCUUCCAGCAGAGAAGAGUAAACAGCUUGAUUUCUUAAGAAAUCCGGAGUUGAUAAGAACACAUUCGAAGCGUGUUCUUCGAGAGCACUACAUGGAGGAGGGUGAUACAGAAGAAACGAGUAUGGACUAUGAUGUUACUGGUGAUACCCUAGAUACCCUAGAUGAGCUCGAGGAAGAGCACGAAAGGUAG